AAAACAUACGACCAGUCAGAAAUCUAAGUUCUCCACCGAUCUCUUCGUCUUCAAGGAUCCUAGCAGUCUUUCUUUUUUUCUAUUCGAUCAGUAGCUGGGCAGCGAUCUGAAUCUGAAGGAACCAGCGGUGAAACAUGCUUCGGUUGCGAGCUUAUCGUCCUACGAACGAUAAAAUCGUGAAGAUUCAGCUGCAUCCGACGCAUCCAUGGCUCGUCACUGCAGACGCCUCGGACCAUGUUUCCGUCUGGAACUGGGAACAUCGCCAGGUCAUUUAUGAACUGAAAGCUGGCGGUGUCGAUGAGAGGCGUUUGGUUGGAGCGAAAUUGGAGAAGCUUGCUGAGGGAGAAUCAGAGCCUAAAGCAAAACCAACAGAGGCCAUGCGUGGAGGGAGUGUUAAGCAGGUUAACUUUUAUGAUGAUGAUGUGCGCUUUUGGCAACUUUGGUGUAAUCGCUCUGCAGCUGCUGAGGCUCCAUCUCCAGUCAAUCAGCACUCCUCGGCUUUUACCUCUCCCCCUCCUUCCACGAGAGGAAGACAUUUUCUUGUCAUAUGCUGUGAGAAUAAAGCCAUAUUUUUGGACUUGGUGACAAUGCGUGGGCGUGAUGUGCCAAAGCAAGACCUUGACAACAAGUCUCUUCUCUGUAUGGAGUUUCUCUCCAGAUCUGCUGCUGGUGAUGGUCCCCUCGUUGCUUUUGGUGGAUCAGAUGGUGUCAUUAGAGUUCUUUCAAUGAUAACAUGGAAGCUUGUUCGAAGGUACACUGGUGGUCACAAAGGUUCAAUAGCUUGCUUGAUGACAUUCAUGGCUUCUUCUGGUGAGGCCCUUCUGGUAUCUGGUGGUCAUGAUGGUUUACUUGUUCUGUGGAGUGCUGACCAUGGGCAAGAUUCACGUGAACUUGUACCCAAGUUGAGUUUGAAGGCACAUGAUGGUGGUGUUGUGGCUGUUGAGCUUUCUAGGGUGAUGGGAGGUGCACCACAGCUUAUUACAAUUGGAGCAGAUAAGACUCUAGCUAUUUGGGACACCAUUUCCUUUAAGGAAUUAAGGCGUAUUAAACCUGUUCCAAAGCUGGCUUGCCAUAGUGUGGCAUCUUGGUGCCAUCCUCGAGCUCCGAACCUUGAUAUUUUAACUUGUGUAAAGGAUUCUCAUAUUUGGGCUAUCGAACACCCAACAUAUUCAGCUCUUACAAGGCCGUUGUGUGAACUUUCUUCACUUGUUCCUCCACAAGUUCUUGCACCGAAUAAAAAGUUAAGGGUUUACUGCAUGGUUGCACAUGCUUUACAACCUCACCUUGUUGCUACUGGAACCAAUAUUGGUGUUAUUCUCAGUGAGUUUGAUGCAAGAUCUCUUCCAGCUGUUGCUCCUCUAUCAAUGCCACCUGGCAGCAGAGAGCAUUCCGCCGUAUAUGUGGUUGAAAGGGAACUGAAGUUACUUAACUUUCAGUUGUCUAACACCAUGAAUCCAUCUCUUGGAAGUACUGGCUCUAUAUCCGAAACAGGAAGGUCAAGAGCGGAGUCAUUGGAACCCUUACAUGUCAAGCAAAUGAAAAAGCACAUUAGUACACCAGUUCCGCAUGAUUCUUAUUCUGUUCUUUCGGUGAGCAGUUCUGGAAAGUAUCUUGCAAUUGUGUGGCCUGAUAUUCCUUACUUUUGUGUCUACAAGGUUAAUGAUUGGUCAGUUGUUGAUUCAGGGACUGGAAGACUUUUAGCUUGGGAUACAUGCUGUGACAGAUUUGCCUUGCUUGAGUCUGCUUUACCCCCAAGGAUACCAAUAAUUCCUAAAGGCGGUUCAUCAAGAAAAGCAAAGGAAGCAGCUGCAGCUGCAGCACAGGCCGCAGUGGCUGCUGCUUCUGCAGCUUCAGCAGCAACCGUUCAAGUACGAAUCUUACUUGACGAUGGGACAUCAAAUACUUUGACAAGGUCCAUUGAAGGCCGUAAUGAACCGGUUAUCGGCUUGCAUGGUGGUGCACUACUUGGUGUGGCAUAUCGAACAUCACGGAAGAUCAACCCUGCGGCUGCAACUGCAAUUUCGACUUUUCAGUCAAUGCCAUUAUCUGGCUUUGGCAAUAGUGGUCUAUCUUCUUUUACUGCUGAUGAUGAUCCAUUGUCUUCUAAUAGACCAUCUGUUUCUGAAGUAGCACCUCAAAACUUUCAACUGUACAGUUGGGAAACCUUCCAACCUGUGAGUGGUCUUCUUGCCCAACCAGAAUGGACUGCGUGGGAUCAAACUGUUGAGUAUUGUGCUUUUGCCUACCAAAAAUAUAUCAUAAUAUCUUCCUUGCGCCCCCAAUAUAGAUAUCUGGGGGAUGUUGCCAUUCCUUGUGCUACUGGAGCUGUUUGGCAUAGGAGACAACUAUUUGUGGCUACACCAACUACCAUCGAGUGUGUUUUUGUGGAUGCUGGAGUUGCACCAAUUGAUAUUGAAACCAAAAAGAGAAAAGAAGAGAUGAAAGUUAAAGAUGCACAAGCGAGAGCCGUUGCUGAGCAUGGAGAGUUAGCACUAAUCACAGUUGAUGGUUCGAAAACUAUUCAAAAUGAAAGAAUUUCAUUGAGGCCCCCCAUGCUACAGGUGGUGCGGUUGGCUUCCUUUCAACAUGCUCCUUCUGUGCCACCAUUUUUAAUGUUACCAAAACAAUCUAAAGUCGAUGGGGAGGACCCUGGUGUGCCAAAAGAUGUGGAAGAGAGGAGAGUGAAUGAGAUAGCUGUUGGUGGUGGAGGGGUGUCUGUGGCAGUCACUCGUUUUCCUGCAGAACAGAAACGGCCGGUAGGACCUCUUGUUGUGGUUGGUGUCAGGGAUGGAGUACUUUGGCUCAUUGAUAGGUAUAUGUGUGCCCAUGCCUUGUCCCUUAGUCAUCCUGGUAUCCGUUGUCGCUGUCUUGCUGCCUAUGGAGAUGCUGUCAGUGCAGUGAAAUGGGCAAGUAGGCUUGGUAGAGAGCACCAUGAUGACUUGGCACAAUUCAUGCUAGGGAUGGGUUAUGCAACUGAAGCACUUCACUUGCCUGGAAUAUCAAAAAGGUUGGAGUUCGAUCUUGCCAUGCAGAGUAAUGAUUUGAAAAGAGCUCUUCAAUGCCUCCUGACAAUGAGCAAUAGCAGGGAUAUUGGACAAGAAAAUGUAGGGCUAGAUGUAACUGAAAUUCUCACUUUAACAGCUAAACAGGAAAAUAUUAUAGAUGCUGUCCAAGGGAUAGUAAAAUUUGCCAAAGAGUUCUUGGAUCUUAUUGAUGCUGCAGAUGCUACUGCACAAGUUGAUAUUGCUCGUGAGGCUCUCAAGAGGUUAGCUGCUGCAGGUUCAGUCAAAGGAGCAUUACAUGGUCAAGAGUUAAGAGGACUAGCUCUACGUCUUGCAAAUCAUGGGGAGCUGACACGGCUUAGUGGUUUGGUAAAUAAUCUGAUCUCAGCUGGCCAAGGCCGUGAAGCUGCAUUUGCAGCUGCAGUUUUGGGAGACAAUGCCCUAAUGGAGAAGGCAUGGCAGGACACUGGGAUGCUGGCAGAGGCUGUGCUCCAUGCCCAAGCUCAUGGCCGGCCAACAUUGAAGAACUUGGUUCUGGCUUGGAAUAAGAUGCUACAAAAGGAGCUUGAACACACUCCAACAAUGAAAACAGAUGCUGCGGCUGCUUUUCUUGCUUCUCUGGAGGAACCGAAGCUAACAAGUUUGGCAGAAGCAGGGAAAAAACCACCAAUUGAAAUUCUUCCCCCUGGGAUGGUGUCUCUAGCUGCUGCAAUUCCUGUUCAGAAAAAGCCAACUCCUGGAAUGCAGGGUUCCCAGCAGCUGCCAGGCAAACCAUUGCUAUUAGAACCGCCCCCUUCCACUGAUCAACCUGGAAGUGCCCCAGCUUCUUCAGCAGCGAAUGAUCCAAUUUCAUUACCAGUUAGUUCACCACCUUCAUCAGCUACAGAAGACCCAGUUGCUCCACAGGAGAGUGUUCAAGCACAGCCGGCACAGCCGGCAAGUAGUCCACCACCACCAUUGGAUGCUGAUGGCCAUAUAGAAGAUAAUCAGUUGGUAGGUGUUCCGACCCAAUCAUCGAUGAUUGACCCACUUGCUUGAGAAGAGAGUAUUUCAACAAUGCUUAUCAAGGCUGACAGUACGGUAAACAGAUAUUCAGAUGUUCCAACUUUCUCAGAAUAUGAUCAAUCUAUGGCAGCUUGUUUCCCAACAACUUUCAUAAUGGCAAUUAUGAGUGAAGUGCAUUAUAUUGGAAUUUUCAUUGUUUUCAGAUGAGCUUCAGCAUCAUGUCCAAGUUCCAUUCAUUGAUUUUCUGCUGUAUUCUCCAACUCAGUGAGUUUAAUUUUGUUCUGGCUUUCCUAUCUUCUGAUCUUCAAUAUGCGGAUGAAGAACCAUUGAUUUUCUAGUCCGAGUAUGUCAUGAGAAAUUUGGGUACAUUUCAUCAUUGCUUUUUGCUGCA